AAUCAUCAUCUCAAAUGGGAAAACAAAAACAAAAAAAAAUCCCACCUUUUUUGUUUUGUUUACAAUUUAUACAACACACACACACACACAGAGACAAAUCAAAGAGAAGACGAUUGUGAAAAAGUAGAUAAAAAUCCAAACUUUGUUGAGAUAAGACGAUUGUGCAUAGCAGAGCCAGAGACAUGGUGUUCCGUGGCGACACAGUGAUGUCCGUAGCUCAUAUAUCGGCGGAGAUAUUUCAGCGGCUACGUUUGAUUCGGCCGUCGGAUCGAAUCAGCAGCGGCGAGAUGUUACAGCUCGUUUGUUGUUUCCCGCUUCAGCAAUUGGGUCGGUUCGUGUUUUGGUUCUGGAACUAUAUCUGUGUUCCACCUCCUGAGAUUUUGUAUUUUGAUGGUGGUCGUGAUGGUAACGACGAUGAUGAUGAUGGUUAUGGAUCAUCUUCUUCGUCUUCGAUCGCUACUCAUCAUCACAAUUACUAUCAUCUUCAUUUGGAGUGACGAAAGUUUCUAUUUUUUUCUGAUUUUGUUGAUUUGUAAAGUUUUCAUUUUUUUUAAUAUAUUUCUUACCCUUAUUGUAUAGAGAAAAGUUCAUGUUUUGAUUAUUGGGGUUUGAAGUUCUUGGGAUUGUUGGAUAUAAUCCGAGUCUGUUCUUUUAAUCCAUGUUUAUUUAUAGAAUCAGAGAGCAUUUUGGUGAUGCAUAUAUAGUUUUAGCUUUCAUCAUCUUAAAGGGAGUCAAAGGAGCUUGCUUUGAUUUAAUACUUGUUCAAAUCUUGCUCUAGAUUGAUGGAGAUUAUGUAAGCACAAUUCGAGUUUAUUCUGUUUUAGGGAAUGUGGGAAUAUUUGUUUGACCUAGGAAUGUUUAGUUAGUGGAAUUAGGAGGGUGAAGAUUAAGGAUUUUGGAGCUUAUCAUGAUGAAUUUUAGUUAGAAUCUUGGUCUUUUUGUCGAUGUAUUGUAUUUGUGAAGACAUAUAAGGUUACAGAGAGCAUAAUACCUUAGAUGUUAUCUAUGGUAUGCAUAUUCUAGUUUGGAUGAUUAAGUUCAAGUGUUAUCUUCUUCUUGUGGGGUUCUUCUAGAUCCUUUGUUGCAAUUGUGUGGAUAGUUUGCUCUGCUACAUAUUGCUCUACCAGAAAUGACGAGUGAGCUUGGGGGUAAAGCAAGAAGGUGUGAUCAUGAUGUGUUUUUGUCAGAGAUGAGACAUCAAAGUUUGAGAUCUCCUACUGAUUAGUUCUUCCUAGUCUUCUUCCUGCAAGGUUGGAGAAGUUUUCUGGAAUCCAUUUCAAAAUUUUCUUGUCAUUUUUUCUUUGGAUGUAAAACUCUUUGUUUAUGUAAAAGUUUAUAAGGUUUCCGAGUCUUCCAAGGUAUUUAAAUUGGGAAUUAAACUUGACUCUUA